GUGAUGAAGCGGGGCGGUCGAACUACAAGCCAUUUUGGGGGACGGUGUCAGUUUCCACAGAACCAUCAGCAUUGCAUUUUUCAAACAGACUUCAGAACGGCGAUCGCGCAGUCCGAUCACUAAAACAGUGCCGGCAAGGAUCGGAAUCUUUACACAAUACAUGCUUUUUAGUCGCAUCGGUUUCCGGCACCAAAGAAAAGUGGAAUUUGCGUAACUAGAAUGCGCUCAGUGUUGCUACGCUAAGGCUAUUGCAAUUGACAGCGUCUGCAGCUUUUCCAAGAUGGCCGCUUGGCUCGCAUUCAUUUUCUGCUGAUCGACUUCUAACUUUCAUUGUCUAUCCACCCUAUUCUCACCGACUGCUACCAGAGUUUCUGGGUAUUUGCCUUCCAUGACGAUGCACCGAACAACCAGAAUUAAGAUAACGGAGCUAAAUCCACAUUUGAUGUGUGCGUUGUGCGGUGGAUAUUUCAUCGACGCUACGACCAUCGUGGAAUGUUUGCACUCCUUCUGUAAAAUGUGCAUCGUGCGUUAUCUUGAGACCAGCAAAUACUGCCCAAUUUGCGAUGUUCAGGUACACAAAACAAAGCCUCUUCUAAAUAUCAGGUCUGAUAAGACUCUUCAAGACAUCGUAUAUAAGUUGGUUCCCGGUUUGUUUAAAAAUGAAAUGAAACGAAGACGGGAUUUCUAUGCUGAACACCCAUCAGUUGAUGCUGCAAAUGGAUCAAAUGAAGACCGUGGAGAGGUGGCCGACGAGGACAAGAGAAUAAUUACAGAUGAUGAGAUAAUCAGCUUGUCCAUAGAAUUCUUUGACCCCAGCAGGGUUGAAACGCAAGGAAAUGGGGAAAAGGAGAAGUCAAAGGAGGAGCAGAUAAUUGACAAACGAUAUCUGCAGUGCCCAGCUGCUAUGACUGUCAUGCAUCUGAGAAAAUUUCUCAGAAGCAAAAUGGAUAUUCCGUGUACCUUCCAGAUCGAAGUAAUGUAUGAAGAUGAACCUUUGAAAGAUUACUACACAUUAAUGGACAUUGCUUACAUCUAUACCUGGAGAAGGAAUGGCCCCUUACCAUUGAAGUACCGAGUUCGACCCAGCUGCAAGAAGAUGAAGCUUAUUCAGCCACCAGAGGGGUUAAACAGUGCCAACCGGUCUGAGAUGGAGAGUGACUCUGGCAGCGAUAAGGCCAACAGCCCCGCUGGUGUGCCAUCCACUUCCUCAUCGCUGCCCAGUCCUGGCACCCCUGUCCAGUCUCCACAUCCUCACUUCCCACAUAUCUCCAGUGCCGUCAAUGGCACCACCGCCAAUCCGAGCCCAAACCGCCAGCCGCCAUUCUGCAACAAGGCGCGGAAAGCCUCGCUUAAUGGCUCGUCUGCAUCUUCUGGAUGACUGUUACGAGGGUGUGGUGCCAGAGUCUGAUUACCUGGAUCCUCCCAUGCUGACUUAGUGCUGUUGUAGUUGCUUUCUUUAAAAAAAGAAAAAGGAAAAAAAACAUUAUUGCCAUUUGUCUUUAUAUCUUUCAUGUGAAAUUUAUAGUGGAAGUUGCAUUUCAGUAGAAAAUAGGGGAUAUCGGCUGAUUUCAGUGUUUAAAGCCGGCGUUGGAGAAAGGAAAUCAAGCACAUAAAGUGUAAUGCUGGCAAAGGCUGUUUUUACAGGGAACGCUUGGAUAGGCAUGGAAGUACCUCUCCAGAAUUCGAUGGGGUUUCAUUUGUACAGUUCAUUUUCCUUUCACUAUUUGCCUUUUUUAAUAAGUGAAUGCGUGACAUGAAUCUCAUCAGUGUCAAACCGAAGGCUUACAGUUUAUAUUCAUUAUAAUAAGGGUUGUAUAUCUAAGCUUUCACGAAGCAGCUGUCAUUUGGGGGGAGACUGCAACAAAGUGACAAAUAUUAUGUACAGCUCUACUUAUCUGCAACAUGCAACUGCAAGAUGUACCAGAGGUAGAGAAAUGAAAAUGAAGAAACUGAGCUGCAUGGUGUGUGCGUGCGUGUGUGUGGGUGGAUGGAUGGAUGGACAGGUGGGGCGUGUGUGAAGAUAAGGGGGCCUACAAUGCUGGAGUAGACUAUGCUAUCUGUAUCCCAACUGGCAGCAGUAUUAUAUUUUAUAAAGUGUUGGGCUAGUAAGAAUGGGAACAGCAGGGAAACAUCCCAGUGUUGUUGGAAGUAAAGCUUGUAUUGGUUUUCUAAAAAUAAGCUCUUCUCUUUUUGCUGUCAUUUCAGUCUUUUGAUUGCUCUAAGUUCGGAUUGACUGCCGUAAAGCAGCAAACCAUGCUCUAGAUAAAGAAUCCUGUAUAUAUGAUCACUUAGCUGAACCAUAGAGGUGUAAUAAACUAACAGGUCCUACGUGUCUGCCAGACGCUUAUUUCUCUUACCUAUAUAAGUCUUCGUUUCUUUGUUUCAAGUGUUUUGUGGUGUCUAUUCCACAGUGUUCUAAAUCCUGUAUUUGGUCGACUGUAUGUAAAACUAUUGUAUUGUUACUGUUGCACAGUAUAAAACGUCUAUCUAAAUAAACAUUUUACAUUUUUAUUACUUAAUUACAA